GUCGGCCCAGCCCGGCUCCUGGACUGCUCGCCCGCUGCCGCGGCGGCCGCGGUGGCCGCGGCGGGCGCCGCGCCCGCGCUCGCCGCCGAGGUCGACGCCGCCGACGCCUACAACGCGAAGGUGUUGGAGGUCGUCGCCUAUGGCGGGGUGCUGGCCGCGGUCGUGGGCUUCCUCGUGCAGCAGACCACGCCCAAAGACCGCCCCCCGUACAUGUGA